AUGUUUGGUACCCUCAUAUACUUCAGCGUGCUCAUGGUCAAUGCAAUUGCCAUUCUCAACGAGGAGCGAUUUCUUGCGCGAAUCGGCUGGACUGCUGGUCCUCAAUUGCAAACCAAUGCCGGUUUCGAGAACGACGUAUACGGGCAGCAGGAUAUUGGCGUGAAGGCGAGGUUAAUAAACCUCAUCGGCGCCGUACGAACACUCUUACGCAUACCGCUCAUCGCUCUCAACAUCGCCAUAAUACUUUAUGAACUUCCUUUUGGAUCAUAA